AUGGCCUCGGAGGUGCACAAGGUCAUGCUGACCAGCCUCACGGCGCAGCCCGACCCCGAUCGACCAUUCCUUCUCAACGGACGGCACUGCUACGCGGGACCGGCCUACCAGCGGGGCGAGGAGGUGGAGGCCGGCACGGUCAACAACAUGGCGCUGAGCGUGGGCAACCUGUAUGGCCUGGGCUACCGCGUGGGCCAGUCGAUCAAGGUGCGCUUCGAGAGCGUGCCGGAGCUCAUCGCCGUCAUCAACGCGCCGCCCACGCACUUUGACAUCGUCGACGGCAAGGAGGUGGUGGUCAACCCGAUGACCUUCGGCGGCUACGGCUCCUUCACGCGCCUCUCCAACGCCGAGGGCGUCACGUCGUCCUUUGAGAUCUCGCGCGACCUCGUCCACAUCUCGUCCGAUUGGUCGCCGACGCAACGGUGGCGAUCGUUGUGGGGAAUAUCCAUACCCAGACCCAGGAGAUGA